GGAAAGGGAAUAUAGUGAAAAUAAAUCCCCAUAGAAAUAAAUCAAACUGAAGCCCUAUACAAUACUCCGCACCCUUUUCCUCACAAAUCACAAGUUCUACACUCUCUACUAUUCCAAUGGAGGACGACGAAUUCACAAAAUCACCACUCUCUUUCAAACAAAAACUCAAAAACUCUCUCUGUUUCUCGUGCUGUUUCCCCCACCACCACCGUAAUAACACCACUACCCCCACCACCAAACUCUACUCCCUCGACUACCGUCCGCCUCCUCCGCCCUCCUCCGAUGAAAACCCGUCGCUAAUUUGGAUCAAGAACGACUUCCCUGAUAUCAAAGACAAGUGCCGUACAAUCUUCAAUUUCAUCGGUAAUGGUAACGGGAACCGACACAAACGGCACUCUUCCGCUGAGUUCCGUUACGACCCGUUAAGUUACGCGUUGAAUUUUGAAGAUGGGUAUGAGGAUGAUGAAGCCCCUUUGAGGAAUUUCUCUUCUAGACUCCCUCCGCCGCCGCCUUCUCCGCCGUUGCCGUCGGUGAAGGCUUUGUCUCUCACGGCGGCGAGCGUGUGAGUAAUGGUGGUGGUUACUGGUGAGAGUUUUUUUUUUUGUUUGGGAAGUAUUUUAGCUCUAUAUUUUCUUUUUCUUUUUUUUUUUAUAUUUCUGGAAAUAUAUAUUAUAAUAGGGAUAAAAUUACAGUUUCUGAGCUUUGGUAA